GUGGUUUAUCGAACCAAAAGCGGCCCUGGCAAGCGGUUCGUCUGCGCCAACAUGGCUGAUGAAACGGCAAAGGCGCAGGUUGCUCAGCCUGGCGGAGAUACGAUUUUUGGAAAAAUCGUGCGCAAAGAGAUACCGGCCAAUUUAAUCUAUGAAGAUGACCAGUGUGUUGCCUUCCCUGAUAUUUCUCCUCAAGCUCCCACUCACAUCCUUGUCGUCCCAAAAAAGCCAAUUGUUCAGCUGUCAAAAGCGGAGGAUAGUGAUGCUGCAUUAUUGGGCCACUUGAUGAUGGUUGCAAAGAAGUGUGCUCAAGAGGCGGGCCUUUCUAAAGGCUACAGGCUGGUCGUCAACGAUGGACCAGACGGAGGCCAGUCCGUCUAUCACAUCCACAUCCACGUCCUGGGCGGACGCCAGCUGGGGUGGCCCCCUGGUUAACCUCUGUCCUCCAGCACAGACUGUCUCACCAUCGUCGUUCACAUCUCUUGUCUGACAACCAGUGCUGUCAUGUGAAAUAAGUGUCAAACAAAACCUGGAAAUUGAUUCAUGAUAAUAAGAUGACAUCAAUAAAGCUUCAUAACAACA